AUGGCAGCGAUACGGACUAUAUGUCAAUCGACACGUUGGUAUCAUCGUUUUUGCCUUCGCCAUGUGGCUAGCAAUUUCAAUCAACAAAUUGGGAAUAAAAACUUGAAGGCUAUGGUAAUGUGGGCAGGCAUGGAGAAUCAGUUACGAAAGUAUCAAAUCACCAGGGAUAGAAUUACUCAAUUAAGUGCAGAUGGUGAGAAGUAUUUAAGGGAAAUGCCGGUAGAAAAGUGGACGUUAGCAUACGAUGGUGGACAUCGUUAUGGGGCAAUGACCACAAACUUGUCUGAAAGCUUCAAUGGAAUUCUAAAGAGUGCUAGAAAUCUGCCCAUAACUGCAUUAGUUGAACUUACAUACUAUCGUUGUGUCGCCUACUUUGCCGAUCGGUAUACUAAGGCAUGUGCAGAGGUUACUGCCGGUGAACGCAUUACGGCCUAUGCAAAGAAUAAAUUCAAUAAAUGGGAAAAAAAGGCACCAAAGCAUUCAGUUACGGUGUUCAGUCAUGAAGAUGGUCUGUUUGAAGUCAGAACACCAAUAAACCCUAACUCUGCAUAUAGGGGUAAUCAUCGUCAUGAGGUAAAUUUGAGGCAGAACACUUGUAGUUGUCAAAAAUGGCAGGUUUAUAAGAUUCCGUGCUCACAUGUCAUUACUGUGUGUAAAUAUCAAGGCAUCUCUGCAAUGCGAUAUAUCGACCGUUGCUACCAUUUGGAAGAACAAAUUGCUUGUUAUGCACCUAGAUUUCGCAUAGUUCCGGACAGUGUACAUUGGAAUGAGCCUAAUUUCCCGGUCUUGUAUCCUAAUGUCAAGCUGCGCCGUGAAAAAGGUCGACCAAGAACAACUCGGCUUCGAAAUGAAAUGGACGAAGGGGCAGAGCAUCAACCAAGGCCAUUGUGCAGUCUUUGUAGGCAAGAAGGCCAUAAUAGAAGAACAUGCCCCACUUGA